CGCCUGGGUCUCCGCUGCCUGGAGGUCGGCGGAUUGCUUGUGCAGCGCUGCAGAGCCUUCUUCGCAGGGUCUCCCAGUCGUCGCCGCGGUCUCCUCCGUCUCCAUUUCUGCAACAUGGCUUUCGUAACCAGGCAGUUCGUGCGCACCGUAUCCUCUGCGUCCACAGCUUCAGCCUCGGCGAAGAAAAUCGUCAUCAAGCACGUGGCGGUCAUUGGCGGCGGGCUGAUGGGCGCCGGUAUUGCCCAGGUUGCUGCAACAACUGGCCACACAGUUGUGUUGGUAGACCAGACAGAGGACAUCCUGGCAAAAUCCAAAAAGGGAAUUGAGGAGAGCCUGAGGAGAAUAGCCAAGAAGAAGUUCGCAGAAAACCCCAAGGCCGGCGAUGAAUUUGUGGGGAAGGCCCUGAGCAGCAUCUCGACCAACACUGACGCGGCGUCUGUCGUCCACAGUGUGGACCUAGUGGUGGAGGCCAUUGUGGAGAAACUGGAGGUGAAGACCGAGCUCUUCAAGAGGCUGGACAAGUUUGCUGCUGAACACACGAUCUUUGCCAGCAACACUUCCUCUUUGCAGAUCACGAGCAUAGCCAACGCCACCACCAGACAGGACCGAUUCGCCGGGCUCCAUUUCUUCAACCCAGUGCCCAUGAUGAAGCUCGUGGAGGUCAUUAAAAUACCAAUGACCAGCCAGAAGACGUUUGAAUCUCUGGUGGACUUCAGCAAAGCCCUGGGAAAGCAUCCUGUUUCUUGCAAGGACACCCCUGGGUUUAUUGUGAACCGCCUGCUGGUGCCGUACCUCAUGGAAGCAGUCCGGCUGUUUGAACGAGGUGACGCAUCCAAGGAAGACAUCGACACUGCUAUGAAGCUGGGAGCUGGGCACCCCAUGGGCCCCUUUGAACUUCUGGACUACGUCGGGCUGGAUACCACGAAGUUCAUCAUGGAUGGGUGGCAUGAGUUGGACACCCAGAACCCCUUGUUUCAGCCCAGCCCGUCUGUGAAUAAGAUGGUAGCAGAGAACAAGCUCGGCAAGAAGACUGGAGAAGGAUUUUACAAAUACAAAUGACAAGUGCAGGUCUCUGGCUCCAGGAAGAACUCUGUCAGCUGGUACCAGCAGUUGCCCCAAGUGGCCGCAGGAAUGCUCUUGGGUCAGACGUUCUCUUCCACAGCACAGUCUGUUAGACGUGCAGUUUGAUUAUAAUCUAUCCGACAUAAUUAUCUACAUACAGCAGAGUCCUCCACUGAAAAUGAAUGCCUUUUUUUUAGUCUGUUCAUUUCUAUGUGUUUUCUAAAAAGCUUUACACCCUUGGUGCCUUAGAGCAAACACUUUUUUGGAACCUCACCAUUUUCGUAACUCAUUGCCUGAUACAGUCACCUGUGGAGGGGAGGGCACUUCCUUCGAGAGCGCUGGGCUUAUCACCGCCACAUGGGGGGCGGCGUAGCUGUGGACGUGUCCGUGGUGUGUCUGAAGUGUUGCAGGGAGCAGCGCUGCAUUGCACCUUUAUGAGAACGUUUGCUACCUGCAGCCUCGAGCCUUUCCAUAUAUUCUGGGCUUGACCCAAGUGUCCUGUCUCUACUCAGCUCAUCAUCAAGAUGCGUUGCUGAAUUAGCAGGAGUGUCUCCGAGUGCUUGGAUUGCUGGAAGAGGUUUCAUCCACAUCUAAAAUCAGAAUGAUUAUGGUCUGUCUCUCUCUCUCUCUUUUUUUUUUUCCAUGAGAAAUCAUCACUGCAAACUACCUAUAAAUCGACUCCAAUAAACACAUUCUUUUAAUCUGUGAAAAUUUGAAUUGAAAUAAACAUGUAUAAUUAAAAAUGA